CACAAACUGGGGUUGCUGAAGAAGUGCCAGUCAUUUGAAGAUGCCAUCUCGCUCCUCUCUCACGGCGAGGAUGACAAGCAACUUGCAAACCAGAGCAUCCCACAGACUGCAGAUGCAUGCUAUUUGUCGGAAGGAAGUGAUACGGCCUCAAAUGAACAGUUGGUCGCUACGAACACUCCCUUCAAGAAACGACACGCCAUCAAAAAGAAGCACCCUCCAAAGAAAAAUGAGGCGAUGAAGGAUGUGAAGAACAUAGAUGGUGGUUAUUGGAGGAGAUGGAUGAAGUCAGCCAGUGAUUCUCCAUCAAGCACCAAACCAAACAAGAAAGAUCGAUCAUCAUCUUCAACUGCGGAUAAAACGAAAAAGGACGUUAAACAACAUCGCCUGAGCACACUAUGCCAAUCAAGCGACAAGCCCCUCCCUCUGUUUGUUGAGAAGUGCAUUUCGUACAUUGAAGAGCAUGGCAUGUCGUUUGAGGGCAUCUAUAGAGUUCCAGGCAAUCGAGCUCAUGUCAACUACUUAAUCAAGCGGUUCCAUGAAGAUCCCAGCAUCGAUUUCGUGAGCAUGGACCUUCCAGCUAAUGUCAUCGCCACCGCACUCAAAUCAUUCUUUCAGAAUCUUCUGGAGCCACUUGUGCCUGAACAAUUCCAUCCACUGAUCAGCGAGGCCAUAGGUAAAGAAGACAGGAUGGACCAGAUGAAUGAGAUCCGACACAUCAUCGGCAAGCUGCCCCCCAUCAACCAGCACGUUUUGAAGCGCAUCAUCUCUCACAUUCACAGAAUAUCUGAGAACCAGCAGGAGAACAACAUGGACCCCCGCAACCUCUCCAUCUGCUGGUGGCCCACCCUCACCCGACCCACCAUCGGAUCGCUUGACCUUCUUCAAGCCAUCUCCAAACCGCUCGAACUUUUUGUCCUCACGCUUAUACAACAUUCGCAUUUUUUCUUCCCUUCGCCAUCUCCCUCGCUUUAAAUUUUUGUCCACUCGUGGAAUAAUUUGUUUGGAGUGGCUUGAGACCCCUCCUAUAAAGUAGUGUGUAGAUUAUUAAUUUGACAUUCUGCCAGUGUCAGAGGUGUUUACAGCUUUAUUUGAAUAGAUUAAUGUACUUGAUGUAUCUUCUCGCGUACCGACAAAAAUGGAAAAUAAUCUUUGUCAUCUGAAACUUUUGAAACUGAAUCUUUUGUAGGAUCACAAAAUACUGACAAGGGAGUUUUGCUCUGAAUGCGGAGGUGUGGCACAUUCGUGAAGUUCCUUUGCUCUGCUGUCGCGUUGUAUUGAAUUUGUGAUGUUCACACAUCUAUUAAACAUUAUUUCAGAAUUGGGUGCUUCUAGUAUUAUUUUAUUAUUUUUGUUGUUUAUCUACAUCAUCGACAAACUCUUAUUCAAUUUUAUUUCUAAAAAUAAUGACAUCCUGACAACAACCUGAAAGUUAUUUUGAUUAACAAAUCACCAUUCAUUAACAGGAACAAUUUCUUUAGUAUCAUCACUAAUAGUUGUAGUCUUGUAGUUUUUUUUUCAUUUUAACUUGCAUUCGGUUGUUCCUUUUAUUACGAUAACAUUUUAAUUAAUUUUCAUUUUAUUUAUGUUAAACUUUAGUUAGAACUUUUUACUGGUUUUAAUUUAUUGUCGCUUCAUCGUGUUCUUGCAGUUAGUCCUGGCAUAUAGACUUGAUUAACAUGUAGAUAAAUAUAUGCACGAGAUAGAACUGCUGAGCAGGUCUCAUCAUC